ACAAGGGCUUGGACCUUCCCGGAAGAUGACCGUUUCCACGUUCAUCUCCUAGUGCGAGCAUUUACCGUAGUCUGGAAAAGAGGACAACACACGCGUCUUAAACAAGGCAAGCUUGCAAGCUACAACCGCUUCUUUUUUUUUCGUCCGCAACUUAAUUUGACUAAAUCGCGUUGAGCUGUUGUCAAAAUUGCCCUUAAAGUGACACCUGUGAACGCGUAGCGCUUCAUUAGCAUUGACGUUGACCGAGCCGUCGCUUACAUACCACUUCGUUUAAUGGUCAACACAAUUCUAAGUAAACAACUACUACUAAGUCACUAUUAAGGACACAAUAUCUAUUGAUCAUAAUUUACAUUUUAAGCAACAGGACAUGAGGCGACGGCUUUUUUUCAUUUUUUAAAAACGUCUUUGAAUCCUCCCUCGUCCCCUCGAUUCAAUAUUGCUCAACUUGAAACUCCUGAUCUCUUUUUUAAGACUACCAGAGUCAGCCAAACUCUAGUACCGGGGGUGGAGGAGGGGGAUCAUUUCCCAGGAAAAUGUGACUGUUAGGAAUUCCCCACGCAUCAGCCCCUGUCGAGGAGAAAAACAGCAGCCUUGUGUCAGAGAGCACACGAACGCAUCGGGAUGGCGAAGCCGACGGGUGACGGGCGUGCGGUGAUGGGGCGCUGCUGACGGCCCGACUCCAUUUGCGACGAGAGGGUCUGUGGACAGAGGACAGAGGACAGAGAGGACGGCCACCGACUGUCACCAUGUUCCCGGGACGCACACUAUGCUGAUGACGUCUUCUACCAGGGUGUAGAUGCUCCUGGCGCAGCGGGACCCAGCCUCCGAGUCAGAGAGGGACGUGGCUGCUCCCACCUGGGCUGCAACACUCUUCUGAAACUGGUGGCCUCUGUGUCGGAGCGCUACCCGCCCAGAUCACAGAACAGGAGGACACGAGCAAAGCCGUUUUGUGAGGUGAAGCCGAGUCUCGGGAGCCAGGAGUGGUCGUAGCCGGGAUCAUUUGGCCUGCUCCCUUCCCCUCUGAACUAAACAUGGCGACUGCGGUGCAGCCCAAUGAACUGGUGUUUGAAUUUGCCAGCAACGGGAUGGACGAAAUCCACCAGGUUUGCAGUUAUCUCAUCCCCACAACCGUGUCUGAAUCCUGUGGAGCAGGAUUGAUUCUCGACGACCCGUCGGUGUUCCCAGCUGUAAUUGUUGAGCAAGUGCCUGCUGCCGAUCUGCUGCAGGUCUACUCGGGCCUGGAGUCCGACGAGGUGACCAAUGGCAUCAUGGUGGACAGGACGCUCCACGCCGUGGAGGAGCCUUCCAUCUUGGGGGGCGGGGUCGACCUCUCAGAAACGACAGUCUCUGACCCAGAAGACAGCAUGGAGACGAACGAAGCUGCAGCAGCUCUUCUUAACAUGGAGUCUCCAAACAACAUUUUGGACGAAAAGCGUAUGAUCCUAACCUACGGCACUCUGCUGGAGUCAGACUUGACAUAUGCUCCCCUGAGGCCUGACCAGAUGGAUAAUGGAGCCCUUGACAUGUCCCUAGACGAGGACACUUCAUCAAUGGAUGAGAUACCCCAAAAGGGUCCCUUAAAACCUCAGAAACCAAACAAAGUGCGGAAGCCGCGGGUGGUGAGACCCUGUUCUCCCAUCACCACCCCUAACCUACCACUCAGGAAGAAGAGCAAAGAGGGCAAAGGCAACACAAUCUACCUGUGGGAAUUCCUUCUGGCUCUACUGCAGGAUAAGAACACUUGUCCCAAAUACAUAAAGUGGACACAGCGGGAGAAAGGCAUCUUUAAGCUCGUUGACUCCAAGGCUGUUUCGAAGCUGUGGGGAAAACACAAGAACAAGCCCGACAUGAACUAUGAGACCAUGGGAAGAGCUCUAAGGUAUUACUAUCAGAGAGGCAUCCUGGCCAAAGUGGAGGGGCAGCGGCUGGUCUAUCAAUUCAAGGAGAUGCCAACAGAUCUGGUGGUGAUCGAGGACGAAGACGGAGGUUCCGACGCCAACGUCGGCUACGGGAAUCACAGAUCCAGCAACGGGCGGCCCAUGGGCCGUGGAGGGUCCAAAGGCCACGGGAGGGCUCCGGGUCAGCACCAAGGCUCGGUGAAGAACAUGAAGAAGGAGCCUUGCGAUGAAAUUCUGUACCAAGAAGCUAACGGACAGGGCGAGCAGUUCUUUCACUCUGUCCACAUGCUGCAGGGCAACCAGGGGUCGACAAUUCAAGACCAAGCGGCGAGGGCCCUGACUGCUCCUGCAUCGGUUCCGAUGGUCCUGACUUCUCCCGGCUCGCUCCAGUCUCUCCCCCUCAACUCUCUUCUGGCCAACGGGGACUCCUGCCACUCCUCCCCACCUCGGGUUAUCCUCCACACCAUGCCCUCCACCACAGCGGGUGGUAAAGACGUGCUCACCAUGCAGACGACCACUCUAGCGGGCGGAGCCAGCAACCUGCAGGACGGCCUCCCUCAGCACCUCCUGGUCACAAGCCUCGGCUCCUCCACCGCUUGCUGCACUUCCACUGCGGGAGUCAUCAGCUCCAACGCUUCCGGCCUCGGCAGUCUCGCUCGCCUGGUCACCAUCAACACGACCAGUGGGCAGACCAUGGUGGCACAGCAACCCGGCACCGUGAUUGCCACAGUGCUCAAAUCCAGCGACCUGCAGGUCAAGGAGGAGAUGCUAGACCCCAGCUACUUCCAGUCGAUGGUGAACGGCGAUCCAUCACUGGCGGCAAACACGUUUGACAAAGAAGAGAUUGAGAUAGGGGAGGCCGAGCUGCGGUACAGGACUGUGAUCAUUGAUACCAGUCAAAGCCAGGGCUAUGGGGCAGUGAGUGAAACUUUAUUGAAUGGACAUUUCUCACAGAGCAGCAGCCCCGGUGAGGGUCUAACCCCUGUGGAGGAGCUGGAAGUGCGUGGGGAGAUGUCCCUGCAGCCUGAGCAGGGAAUAAAAAGCCUGCAGGAGCUGCCAAUGUCUGUCCAAUUGCCUGCCAACUUUAUCCAGAUAAAGACAGAGCCUGCAGAGGCCUAGGGCUGAAAGAACCAAAAGCAACAACAAUUGACAACAGACUUAAUAUUUUUCCUCCCGUACAGCAGUGAUCUGAUCACCGAUCGAGGAUCGAGGGAUCUCACACGACGUUGCUCUUAAAGGUUGCUCAGUUCAGCCUCAGGAUUUUUUGUUUACUCACCUAUGUUGUGACCAUGUGCCUAAUUUUAAAAAUCAAGGGAGUAGUGUUUUAGUUUUUCCUAAGAAAUCCGUUUUCAGAUCUGGGAUUAUUUCUAUAGACAUUGACCCCAACAGACGCGCAACACACACACACACACACACACACACACACACACACACACACACACACACACACACACCAACCUCCCCUCCAGGAGAACAGCCAUUGCAUAGACCAGGGAUCCCUGUCCCACCAAAUGUGCCAGUUAGUCCAUUUUCUUACCUCACAGCUCAUCAGACUUUUAUGUUUAAGGAGAAGAACGCAACAAACCAAAACUGGGGACUGAAUGCCAAACGGUGCAAUGAAAUCAGACUUCUGAGAACACGCAAAGGACAUUUUUUCCUGCUUUUUUUUUAAAUAAACCACAUUCAAAUUUUGGAUACCACAGUGUCCGAUCCAGCGGAGAAGAGAAAAAAAAACCCAUCUCAGAGUUUUAUUGAAGAGUGCCUUACAGGAAGUUCAAACAGCUCAAGACUCUUUCGUGGGAACGUCUGGGGGAAGAAGAUGAAAAACGGACUAAAUUGCUUUUUCAGACUUUUAAAAAAUAACUUUUAUUUUCACAUGCACACAAACGGUAUGCAUUUACCCUCUAUUACUCCUGGCUUUAAAACACUGUCACUAUGGAACGGGCAUUUUUCUGUCCACCAAGGAUAGUCCAACAUAGAAACUGUUUGUACAGAGCUGCAGACUGCAGAGUAGUGAGGCACAAAGCGGAGGGAAAGAAUACGCAAGGUUAAAGAGAUUCUAUCUAGCCUCUAGCCUCAACUUCAGGGGCUCUAAGAUUUAUAUCCUGUUUAUAUAAAUGGAAUAUAUAUGGAUCUAUAUAUAUACACACACAUAUAUAUAUAUACGUACAUAUAAUAUACAAUUGAGAUUACAUUUUAAGGCCAUAGUAAAUUUAUUUAUUUUGUGAAUUUCUAAAUUCUGUAUAAAAAAAAAGGCACAUUUAUGAGGAAAAUACAAAGAAUAUACAAGUUAAUACCAGGAAGCUUAUUUGGUAUUUUUUUAAGAACAACAUUUUUCAUUUGUAUAGCAUUCAAUAUAAUCAGCUUUGGUAUUUUUCUUGAGUUUUGGACUCGAGUGCUCAGUUCAGCAUUAUAUUCUCUCAUGUAAAUACCCUCUGUUGUGUGUCUGAUUGAAACUUGUACGGAAUGUGCUUUCUUCUUUUUCGGCCGACAUACCUCUUUACCUUUGUCAACAGUUAAGCAGCAGAGACAACGCAUUCGAAAAGAUAUGAUUUUGUGAACUGCAUACAGUAUCAAAUGUAUCAAUCAGUAUGUCUUUGAAGGCACGAUCCUGUUUGUUCUUCUCUUCCUCUCCUGCUCUCAGGUCAGUCCAGUCUCUGCCUUCUUGAUUUGCUGUCCGACUUUGUAAAGGCCUCUCAGGCCAGCCAUGCGAUUGUCCCCCUGGUCCCGCCGGGAAUGAAGCCAUAUUGAUCCCGAGUAGUAUCGCGGCUAAAUUGGUCGUGUUUUUCCACCCGGACUGUAGAGUGAGGACAUUUAGACAUUCCGACCUCCAUCCGCACUGAGCCAAAGGGCUCCAGGUCUGCAUAGACACUCUGAAUGUAUACCCAUUGUUAAAAUACAUGCAAAUUCUUGACAAUCAAUAAUUACACUGGGUUACAGUUGCACAGAUAUCCGUCUUUGAGUGGGGAUUUCCUGCUUCUUUUCUUCUUCUCUUUUUUUUGCUCGUGCAUAUAUUUCCGUAACAGCAUUUCCUUUUUUUCUAAAACUGCUGUUGUCUGUGAGAUGUUGAGAUAUGUCAACUGCUUAUGUUUUGUUGCUUCUAUUGUCUCGGGGUUGUCAGUUGCCUCAGCUGUGCUGAAUAUAGAGUAGAUUUUUAAGAAAAAGUCAAUGUACUAAUUAAAAUCUUCAACACUGAA